GCCCGUCCAGGCCCAUCCCAACGGUUCAGGCCAACUCGGACUCGGACCAUCCGCAAGGUGCAGCUUCAUAACCUCCGUGAGCAUCGGAUUCCUGUGGCUUUUCAUCACUUUGAAAGUCCCGGAGGAAAUUGAACAUGAUCAGAACGAGAUGACUAUCAAAGGCCAGGAGGACAGUUAUGACAAAAGGAAAGACCCGAGACCACUAGAAGACUGGCAGAAUCUUACCUUCAAAUAUUUUAAAACGGUUCAGCAGAGAAGAAAAACAUGGCUGACAGUGGGGAUUUCCUCAGUGCCACAACCACAUCAAAGAAGCCUCUUGCACACUUUGGUCUCUCUGUUCCGUGCUUCCUCUAAGAGCGAGAAGAAACGUCUCACAGUGCUGGUCCACCUGGCACAUUCUGACCUCACCCAGCUCAGAGAAACCAUUCUUCGUAUUUCAACCCUCUUCAGCCCACAGAUCUUGGCAGGGCAGCUGCUACUGAUCCAUGCUCCGCCUGAUGUCUACCCCUCCAUGGAUGACAUGAGGAAGGAGGCCCGUCAUGGGGAAUUCUACUCUAGGCAGAAUAUAGAUCACGCCUUCCUCAUGAGCUUUGCCACAAGUCUCUCUGAAUACUUCCUGUUACUGGAGGACAAUGUCUUUUCUGCCCCCAACUUUAUCACCCACAUUGAUUGGAAGGUGAACACCAUGAGGUCUGACCCAUGGGUGCUCCUGGAGUUCUCGAAUCUGGGCUUCCUUGGCAAACUCUUUCACAGCAAGGACCUCCCACUCCUGGCCCAUUUCCUCCUCCUCUUCUAUAAGGAACUGCCCCUUGACAGGCUGAUCCCCCACUUCCGUACCCUCCUAGCUCAGAAAAACCCAAUCAUCUGCAGACCUUUCCUUUUCUACCCCAGGUUCUUCUUCCACAUCUCUAAUGACACCCAGAAGGCCAGGCCAGCUCAGAAGAAGGACCCCUACAUUCCUGACAACCCACCUGGAGCCAUUUUCACAGAUAUGAAGGUUUUUGAUGUUCAUUUCCCCUGGGAAGCCUACACUCUGGAUGAAUCAUUCUUCUGGACCCACAAUGUUAGUGCAGGGAACCACCUGACAAUCAUUUUGAACCAUCCGGCAAACUUGAGCAAAGUGCAAGUGUUAACAGGCACCAUCGGAUGGAAAGUACGCCCUGGAGAAGGGGCAAGUGGAGCUGGGCUACGACCCCGAGGGAAUGCCCCAGUACUGUACCAGCUUCGCCUUGCUGGGCCAUCUCUUCGAAGGGCAGAUGAAUCAGGAGAUAUUUCUGAAAAGUAUGGGGCACGAUGUGAGCUGUGUAAGGCUGGUGGUGAAGGCUAAUCAGGUUGGCAGUCUUAUAAUCAGGCAUAUUUAUCUCUGGAAGCAAAAUGCCAAAGAUAUGGAAGGAGUUCAGAGUUGGAGGUAAAUCAGUAAGGGUGUAAAAGAAAUUAAAGUCUUGAAGCCAUUCCAUUCUAAGCCUAUCUGACUGACAUAGGGGAGAUGCCAGGG